CAUUGAAAACGUACUGACAAAUUAGUACGACGCGAAACAGCCUUUUUGUAACAGCAAUAAUUUUAUUGAAAACUUUGAUUUUAUACAAUGUUUACUCGUGUUGUGGGAAGUGCCUAAAUGUUUUAAUAGUUAACUUGUUUUAGUUAGUGUUUAAAGUAAUAGAUGCCGAGAUGUCGAAGAACAAAAUACAAGCCAGAGUCGAUAGCCAAAAUGUUGAAGUCAAAACUAAGUUUGAUGCAGAAUUCCGACGCUUCUCACUCAGCCGCUCCGAGAGGCUCAAGUAUGAGGAGUUCCGCGCGCUCAUCGAGAAGCUCCACCGACUGCACGACGUGGCCUUCCUCGUCUCCUACACGGACCCGAGGGACGGGGACCUGCUGCCCAUCAACAAUGAUGAUAACCUGGCCCGAGCGCUGAUGAAUGCCAAGCCACUGCUCAGGGUCAUUGUUCAGAGGAAAGGCGACAGCCUCGAGGAGCUGAACGGCUACGGCACCAUGCGGCCGCGGAACCUCAUCUCGAGCAUCCUCAGCGGCACGCCGGCCAAGAACAAGGGGCUGGCCAUCUCCAACCCGCACGAUUUUAGAAUGGUAUCAGCAAUCAUAGAUGUAGACAUAGUGCCCGAGACGUGCAGAAGAGUCAAACUACUGAAGCAUGGCUCCGACAGGCCUUUAGGAUUUUUUAUAAGGGACGGCACGUCAGUCCGCGUCACGCCUCACGGUGUGGAGCGCGCGGCCGGCAUCUUCAUAUCGCGGCUGGUGCCGGGCGGGCUGGCUGAGUCCACCGGCUUGUUAGCCGUUAAUGAUGAAGUGCUGGAGGUGAACGGGAUUGAUGUGGCUAGCAAGACUCUAGAUCAAGUGACAGACAUGAUGGUGGCCAACUCGUCCAACCUCAUCAUCACGGUGCGGCCGGCCAACCAGCGCGCGCCGCCCGCGCCCGAGCCCGCGCGGUCGCUGCCUGCUAGUGAACAUGAUGAUGAUAGUAGACUAGACCAGGACGACCAAGACGAGGUGGUGGACCUGACGGCCGCCACGCUGACCGACCCGCCCGACGCACACACGCAGGACGACGGACAGAUACUGCACCUCUAGCCGGCCGGAGCGGUCAAGAAAUGGGAGGAGCUAAGGAAUUUGUGUUACUUUUAUCUUUGCACAUUUUACACUCGUAUGGAAUCUUAAAAUUGGUGAAAGAUAUGUCGAUUUGGAGUCUCAGAUGCAGGGUGACGGAC